UCUCUUGCCUGUCUGUGGUCUUGUCUGGACUGGACAGGUUUAGCGCAUGCGCACAUGGUAGUUUGUCUGCGUGUCAUGUUGAUGAAUGCUUAGACUGGGGAGUCAACAUGUCCACCGCUGCUGCUCAGCAAAACAAUAACGAAGAGCCCGGGCUUCAUGGCUCUUGGGUAGAGCUGGAGCUGAAUGGGAAUGGGAACACGGGGACCCAGGGUGCGCAGCCCAACCUGCUACUGACACCCGCUGCUGACCAAAUAAACGCGAAUGCUGGCAUGAGCCAAACUCUGCAGACCUUGGAAGUAGUGCCCGAGAAUGAUGAAACCCUCAUUGGAGGACUAGAGCAUGUGCCGUCAUCUUCCUCAAUCCACAAUGGAGACAUGGAGAAGAUCCUCCUGGAUGCACAGCAUGAAUCCAGCCCAAGUAGCUCCUCCUGUGAUAGUCCUCACAGGCCACCAAGUCCAGAUCAGGAUGAGGGUCAGAUAACCUUUGACGUGGAGAUGUCCAGCCCAAGGGGUAGUCAGUCAGAGGAAGACGGUGCAGAGAAGGACAGAGAGGAAGACAUCCUAAUGAAUAAAGAAGUAGACUGGGUCGCUGAUUGGUCCAGCAGACCAGAAAACAUUCCACCAAAGGAGUUCCACUUCAGGCACCCCCGACGUUCAGUGUCUCUCAGUAUGAGAAAGAGCGGAGUCAUGAAGAAAGGCGGCUUCUUCUCUGCUGAAUUCCUCAAAGUCUUCAUCCCAUCCUUACUCAUCUCACACAUCCUCGCUCUUGGCCUUGGGGUGUACAUUGGGAAGAGAAUUGCCACAGCCUCCACCAGCUCUUACUGAAUACAGGAUGAAGCAGUGCCUGGAUGUUCUCCUAUCUCCAAGUCUCUCAUUCAUCCUCCUGUAGUCUCUCUGCAUCUAUUGUACGCCCAUAUUCCCCUUCCAAUCUGCAUCCAAUUCUGUCCCAUAAUUGUAGAUGUUAGUGAUAGAAGUAUACGCAUUACGUAAUGUGGUUGCACUCCAUCACAUUUUGACACAGGGCAACGUUAUACCUAGCAGUUGUCACCAACUCCAGUCCAGUAGAUAACAGAUGCUGGAAUAUAUUAGUCAUCCUUUACAGCUCAGAAAUAUGUGACAUGGAUCUGAUGUCAGGUGGCUUCAGGGUGUUAGAUUUUUUCUGAAAUUUCUCCAAGUGUUUUAAUGUUGUGCCAUGAGAAAAUCUGGCCUUUCUCCUAAACUGCAUCUCUCCUCUGAUUUUCUCAGUAGGCAAGGUGUAUGAACCAAAAAUAUGCGCCAUAUCUGCAAUACAAAGUAACCGAAUUGGCUCCGGGGAACAGAGGGGACUUUUAUCGCCUUAACUUUUUGAGUUUAACAUUCAAGGUGCAGUUAACUGGGGGAGGGGGAGUGGGCAACAAAAAUGGUGCAGCACAAGUGGGAUUAGUCUUGAAAUUCCACACAUUUUUGAGAGUAGAAGUUGAAUCAUGUUGACUCCUGAGGGUUUCUUUUAAAAGCUUUGUUUUUUUUUUUAAGGUUGGAAAGCUUAAACAUUGAUGUAGUAUGUAGCUCCAAAAUUUUACCACAGGAUUGUUUGAGUAUAUUAUGAUAAUGGAACCUAGGCCGGAUGGCAAUUUUACCAGGCCAUAUGCUAUUUUUAUUUCCUUCUGCCUACAUAUCUUCUUCUUUAACACAUAAUAUAGCAGCAAUGGCAAAGUGCCAAAUUUGUAUCUUUUCACCACUGCACAUUGGUGAUUUACCUUAGACUGUUUUUUGAUUUUCUUAUAUGUUUAGGUAUUUAAAUAUGUAGAUGUGAAAAAUAAUUUAAGCUGUGAUCUGCCCCAUGUAAUAGACACCUUUUGACAUUGUAUAAUUUGUUUAUACAUUGAUAUUAAUGCAUAUUAUAGCUUAUGCAUUGUGGCAGUGUAAGUAAUGUGUUUUUGCUGUCGUUUAAUUGCUGAAGCGUCAGUGGCAGAAACCACCACAGAGGAAGGUGCCUCAUUUCCAGGGGCCUCAUUUUGAAGAGUGUUAUCUGACUUUUAUCUAGAUUUCACUGUGCAAUCAUUUCACAUGGUAUGAUACAAAUAAACAGCGUACAGUGUGUGCAGAACUUCCAGAAAAAUGAUAGCGGUAGAAAGCAUUUGAUGCAUGAUUUCUGUAUAUUGAUGCUGAUCGAAUGACUGGAUGAGUCUUCUGUCAGUGUUUGUAAAUGGAUGACAUUAUAAUCACAUGGAAAAAUCAUUGACCAUAAUGUACAGUAUUGGCUGUAGUGGCAGUGUUGGUUUUCAAGCACUCAACAUGCAUUUAGGCUUUAAUGCAUUAUAUAACUCAUACUAACUCAUAAACUGUACAUGUCAUCAUAACAGGCUUGUGUACAGUUGAUCAGUGUGCAAUACAGAGCAUUUUGGAAUUUGAAUAAAGUUUGUACUGUA